AUGAACCCUCCACAGAGGCCAGCUACUUCCUGGACGUCAGUGCCACCGUCUGCCUCCAGGGUCAGACUAUCAACCCACUUCGAACCCCAUCCACAAGCGCUUCCAUCAUCAAUCCCGAGCCCUCAUCGAGCUGCUGAACUGGAACGCCUGCUUCGACAGAAUCAAGAAAUCAUUCGUCUCUGCACUCUCAAGUCCGUCCAGAUCCGGCAGUCUGAGGACAAGCUAUCGCAACUCGAGAAGGAAAAUCUGGACCUGAUGGUGAUGCUAAGGUACCUGGAACGUCGGCUAGAGACUCAGGCUGAGACCUUUUCAUCGCGUUCGUGUUCCCCACUCUCACGUUUGCCAUCACUGUUUGAGGACAGAACUGAGAGUCGUUUCGAGAAAGAUCAAUCAGAAGCAAGCACAUCAUCAAGACGGCAUCAUUCGAAACGAAACAGAGCGGACGCGAUGGAAAGAAUCGACGAGGAAUAUGAGAGCGGACAAGGGGUGGGACAAAGGCAGGAUGUGGACGAUUCCUUCCGUCGCGUCAAGAGACAGCGAACGCAGCCAAUCUCUGAGUUAUCCGGACUAUCGAAAUACACUCUUAUUUCGAAGCUAAACCAAGUCCAAGCAAUCUAUCAGUGCGAGCACGACACCGUAUGCUCCAUGACCAAAAGCCUCAACACUACUGGCCGCCUUUACAAGGAUUUGCUUCUCGCACUAGAGACCGAGGCCCUUGGAGGACAGAGCGCAAGUCGAGGAGCCCACGAAUCUGUUGAACAUAGCCCACAGCGCCCGCCACUAGCCCGUUCAUACCGUUCUUCUCACAACCAUAGCCGGGACAUCUCGGAGUCGCCCCAAGUGCCACCUGCUGCGCAUAGAGACUCCCUUGGAAAGAGUGCCUCGCCUCUGUCUCGCCGAUAUCGGCUGUCUUUACAGCAUCCACGCUCACCGUUGUUUACAAAUGAACAUCAUAAGGGAACGACCACGCAAGGGCUGAAUCGUGGUGAAGUAACUUCUCUUUUGGCCGCUUCCAGGAUGCGGCCGGCGGGCCACUCGGUGUUUUCGCCUGAUACCCGUCGUGGUCUCCAGCCCCAAGCAAAUGCCUCAGAGGCAAGGCACGAGAUAUUUGCGGAAAAAUUUGUCCGAUUCAACCGCGACAUGAGAGACUCUGAUCCCCCCGAAAAAGCGCGCGCGUCUCGCCCUACCCUGAAAAAUCAUCUAGAUUUUAACAUGCUUCCCUCGGUCAGCGGACUGGACACCAUGGAGUCCCAGCUCUCUCCGCAAGAAGAGCUGUUUUCGCUGUUGUCACCACCACAGAUGCCACAGCUCAAACCACCGCAGGCGCAACCAGCACAAACACAGGACUACAUUGUACAGAAUUUGAAAUACGAUCAUGAGUCUGGGUCCGGUGCACCGAGUGUAUUAACAGCUGAUCGAGCGACAUUAUUUUCGACUUCCCGCCAGGGCAGCGAGGACAUGGAUGAGCGUUCCAAGUCCAUAAUUCUCCCGAAGGCACUCCUGACCGAGUUUGGGGGCGCAAGGUCCAGUGCAACUUUGGAAAGCAAGGAGAGGAAGGUCACCAAUGAGGGAUCAAAUGAACAGCCAACCACCUCCAACGAGGGUGCCAUUAUCAUUGAGGAAAUUGGGCACAUGAGCGACGGUGUUUCGACUGUCGGAAGCAAACAGUCCGUUAGCUCGAACAAGACCAGGAGCGUCAGAGACAUCCGCAAACGCCUAGCACUCAACAGGACAAGACAUGUCACCCCCUUUAGUCCUGUGGUCAAGAGUCAAUCUUCCAUGACGCCCCAGGAUCUCAAAUCAAUGACGCCCCAGCAGCUGCUCCGUCGUAUGUCUAGAUCCCUGCUUGGUCAAUCUAAACCCCCUGCGUUGCCCCAAAGGAUUAUACAGGAUGCCGCCUUGGCUGCUCGGAAGUACAAGGCUCCUCUGGUCAAGCCCUCCGACCAGUCAUCCAGCUCUUCUUCGGCUCUCGUGUCGCCUUCGACGUUGGCACGGAUAUCUAUUUCACCUCUCGUGGAAACAGAUGGUAAAGCUAGUCAAGCCAGCGAUGGAAAUGACGACAGCAGCGGCGUUAUAACUUCAAUAAACCUAAAAGCACAAGAUCCGCCGCAGAUCAAGGAGCGUUACCGGAUGCAACGCAUGGUAGCCGUUGCGAUCCCGCCAAGAAGACCCAGAUCCGCUUCACUGUUAUUAUCCACUAACGCCGAGGACAUGCAGAGUAUUCACGAAUCUACGCCAACAACCAUGGAGGAAAGCGAAGCGGUCUCUAACAAGGAGAAGAUCAAGAGCUCUGAAAACGCUCAAGAAGCCAAGAGAAGGCGCCAUUCCUCUCGAAAAAGAGAAAUAAGCAGUUACUAA